AUGUCAAGCCCAAUUUAUUUCAGUAAAUUCAUUGUCACAGACCAAGUAUUCUACGUUAGCAAAUUUUGUUAUGCUUUAGUGAAUUUAAAACCAUUAGUUCCAGGCCACGUCUUGAUCGUUCCAUUGCGUACCAGUGUACAAAACCUAUCGCAACUAAGUAAAGAAGAGUCUAGUGAUUUUUUCAACACUGUACAACUAAUGCAGAACUUUAUAUACCAUACUUACCAGGCAGACGCAAUGAAUAUUGCAAUUCAAGAUGGACCUGAAGCAGGCCAGUCCGUCCCUCAUUUACACACACAUAUCAUCCCUAGAUACAGACUGAACAACAUCGGUGAUCAGAUCUACAACAAAUUGGACAGUUGGGAUGGUUCAGAAUGGGAGAAAAGAAGAGAAACUUACCUGAGUGCCAAUGGACGCAUGGGGAGGAAGGAAUUGGCUAAACCUGAGGAUCAGAGGGUAGAGAGAACGGCGGAAGUGAUGAAGAAAGAGGCCAUUACGUUAAAUGAGAAAUUACAAAACUACAUAACGCAGAACCCAGACAUGAAGAAAUGGAUUGAUUAA